UCAAGAAGGGAGGUUAAUCUCUUUCCCUGGGGCAGAUCCCCAUUUCUUCAUGGCCAGAAUGUCCUGUCUCCAGAAAGCUGAUGGAAACAUCCUAGGAUUCUGGGACUUUGGAUGCAAUGGAAAAGUUUUUCUGCAUUUUCACUCAAACAAUAAAACAUGGGAAGACCUCCUUUCUGGAUUCAGCUCCAUGAAGGAGAAGUUGAAGAAUGACAUGGAGCUGAGGGAGAUAUUAUACUGGACAAGGGUCGACUGUAGAAGCUGGUUUAAGGAAUUCCUGGAGCAUUCAGAGGAAAAUCUCCAGACCACAGCACCACCCACCACCCCAGCAGGAUCUGAAUCCACUUUAAUGACCGCCCUGCUGAGUGGCUUGGUCCUAGUGCUAAUCAUCUCAUGUUUUCUCGUUUAUAAAGCAAUUAAAUUACGUUAUAUGAAAAAAUGUUCAAGGCUGCGGUUUAGCUCAGCCGCAUAAGUGUUUGCCUGGCAAGUACGAGGUCCUGAGUUUCAUCUACCAGAAAAAAAAAAAAAAGAAAACAUGUUUACAAUCAUUGGUCAUUGGAGAAA